GGCAGGCAGAGGGAUUACUGCAAUUUAUUUUAUCUGUUUAUCGAUCUUUCCCUCCUUUAAUCUCAACAAACGUGAGGCUUCUGUUUUUUUUUUGAAAAUCCCAUUUUAACACAGCGACCAUGUCAACUGAAAAAACAGGUCCUUCAGAUGCACCAGUUCCGACAUCUUCACCUCCCCCCUACAGCCAGGUGAUCGAGCCACGACUCCAUGCCCUGUCCAUGACUUACUCCGUGCAGACACAGAUACCCGCUCCUCCUGUUGACGUGCGGGGACACAUGCAGGAGACAGCUUUCCACAGCGGAGCCCCAGGGUUUACCACCUUGUUGCCAUGUGGAGCUGUGGGCCGCUCCUCCUACACUGCACAACCACCCCCUGGCUAUGCCAUCCAGCUGCAGCCCUACACAACCCUUAUACCUGUCUAUCCCAUCGGGAAUCCUCGUCAGCCGUACCUGCCUGGAUAUCUGGGCAUUGCUCCAAAUGGCACACAGUCCCGGAUCAGAAUCCUGAACCCCCAGAGAUCACCGCAUGACUACCUCCCCAUUGCCGUGCUGACCACCAUCUGCUGCUUUUGGCCAACGGGGAUCUUCGCCAUUAUCAAAGCACUGGAGACUCGGGCAGCGGUGUCACGGGGAGACUACCUCUCAGCACAGAUCUCCUCCCGCCAGGCCCGUAACUACUCAUUCAUCAGCCUGGCUGUGGGCAUCUCUGCCAUGGUCCUCUGUGCCAUCUUGGCAAUCGUCGUGGCGAUUGAGGGCAAGCACCGCGACACUGAAUGGGACCCCUAACCCCACAGGGAGCGGGUCUGACAGAUGUGGCUCAAUCAAACCCCAGGAAUUACAGAGCUCUCUGUCGGACAGGGGAACAAGGAGAUUUAAACUGAGACGUUCAAGAAUAAUUAUCCUCUUUCAUUUUAUUUGAAUGCAUUUAUUGUUACAAACACUGGAGAUCAGUGUUAUUCAGAUGCAGACAUGAAUUGCCAUGGCUACAUGAGAAAGAUUCUCCAGGUAUGUCCUGUCAAAGAUGGCGAUCUGAAGGCCUUAGCGAAGAAGGAAGUGGAGACUGAUCUCAGAACCAUUGGAGACCUGAUUCUCUCCUCACGCCAGACAAACUCUCCCACAUGGAGAUUCAGAUUGAUUCACAUAUUUAUCACAUAUAUAUCAAGGCAUAUAGUAAGAUUUGUUAACAGCCCACACAACCUAACAACCCGCCCCAGGCCUCUGCUCCAUCCUCGGUCCAGCAAAGUGAACGUGUGAUGACGGACAUCCGCGGAUGUCGGACUGUUGCAGGCUGAUAGUCAGACCAAAUUCCUGCAGGCCUGGGAGAAACAAUCUAACUUGCUCCGGAGGUGCAUCAGCGUGUGGAUUGUGACUGCAAACAGUAUGUCUUUGAUCAUAGCCUCGCUCACUUUCGAGUUGUCCUUUCAGUGGGUGAGGUUAAAAAACCUCUCAUUUGAUCUGUUGUGGUUAGAUCCCCUCUGUUGCAAUGCCAAUCCAUGCCACAGGAG